UAGGUUGGGAAUCGGUUCGUGUUCUUCUCCAAAUUUUUAAAAACGUUUACGUGGUCUUGAAAAAUUCAUGAUAAUCUUGUAUCAUAUAUUUGUCAAAUGCACUGUGUCCUGUUGUGUCGCGUGUUAAAUUAUAAACGCGUGUAAGCACGGCGUGAACUUUGAAAGUUGUUUUCUUAUGUGCGUUCGUUUUGUAUUUAUAUUUAUAUUAAUAUUUAUAUUCAAUUAAUUCGACAAAACAUUUGAUUGUUAUGAAAUUUAUCGAGAAUCGUGGAAUUUGUUUAACGAUAUAAUACGAUACGUGCGCUAUUAAAUAAUUUGACAUUGUUUUUAAAAAUUAUAUCAAGAUAAUUCGUUUCUUUUAAAAGAAAAUUGUGUUUAUUGUCAAAUCGGUUUCUAAUUUGUUUGGUUACAAUUAGACGAUUAAAAAUUGUACGCGUAAGAUACAAAAUUCACAAAUUAGAAUUCGUAAUUGUGCAAAAUGCAAAGAAGUCGGUUGCGUUUCGACAAUGGGGAGUAUCAACACAGUGGGGAGAUCGAGACGACGCCACUUCGCAGGAGCUCCGUUAGAUUUCCGCGACUGCGAUUGGCUGAUAUGGAUUUCAAAUCGGAUGAUCUGUCAAAGUUACCAACUUCAAAUUACCAGUCUGUCUUAACGAAUGUCUCGGCAAUUGAUAAAAAAUUCCCACCACAGUGCCGAAGACAAUACUCAGAGGACAGAUUCAUAGUGCCAAGAUGCAAAUUCAACGCGGAGGCGUCGCACUACGCCCUAACCAAGAAGAACCCACCCGACCUAGCAAAGGAGAAUGAACUCAACGUGUUCGAAGAGAUGGAAAAUCUGCCGUUAACCUGGCGAAAGAAGAUGUUCCACGAAUUAAUGGUGAAAGAAAACGUUAUACCAGGGCUAAAACAGAAAGGAGUACUGCAUGGCAACCACUUAUGCUCGGAAAACAAAUUACCUGGGAACUUAGCAGGCUGCAGUAAUGACGUGUGGGACGAGGAAUACAUUGAAGAAGGAACGUGGAAGUCAAAGCCACGAAAGAGACCUCUAAUACACUCUAUGGACGCCAUAUUAGAAUUGCCUGGAAUAGAGAGAUCACUACAAUCCGAGUACCGAUUAAUCGACUGGAGUUCAAGAAACAUAAUUGCAACGGCGACUUGGGAAUCAGUACUAUUUUUCGACUCGAGUAUGUCUGGUCAAUUGAACCCUCUCGAUAAGGUGACAUCUGGGAACCUAUGUGCACUGACCUGGAAUCAUGCAGGUGACAAGCUGGUCAUAUGCACGUUGUCGUCCUCCAUAAAGGUGAUCUGCAUACAUACCAAAAAAAUAAUCUGGAGUACCAAGUGUCGGGGCAUAGCCAACUGCAAUUGCAGGUGUUACGUUCGUUGCGUUUGCUGGUCAAAGGACGACCAACACAUUGUCACAGGUUGCGCAGGACUAAUCUCGGUUUAUUUGGCGACGACUGGUAAGCUUAUCAACGUGUUACUCGCACACACCACGCCGAUAUUAAAGCUUGCCUUUUCGGCCAACGGUCGAUACCUCGUGUCGUCCUCGAUGGACUCGAUUCUUCGCAUUUAUUUGUGGCCAAAACUCAAACCAUAUUUCGACAUUACUUAUUACGAACCUAUAAAAGCGUUGGCCUGGCACCCCCAAGAUGGCGGCUUAUUAUGCACAGGCGGUGGCUUGGGCGAUGCUUCGCUGUCACUCUGGAAUAUAAACAAGUGUGAGUCACUGAGUUAUCGUCUUGUCGAGUUUUACGGUGCCGUAGAGAACUUGGCUUGGAAUAAGCUCAGCGGCGAGUUAGUCGUUCACUGGUCCUACUGGUUAAACGAGAGACAAUAUACCAUCAUGCCGGUUCUCGCGGGACUCGAUCGCUUUGUGGAUGCUCUGCCGCUGGAGAGGAAUGUUCUGGUCAAGUCCAUCAUGUGGAACGCAGACCACACGAAAUUAGCGACGUAUGGCUCCGAUUUUUUCUCGACCUGGAAUUUCUUUGGCAACGAGAAUUGUCAUCAACAACAGCGUAAACAACGCGAACGCGCAGCAGUUCGAGAGUGUGCAAAAGUCACAGGUUCCAAAGGAUUCGGUCGUUUUACCAUACGGUAGAUCCGCCAUGUAUAAACAACGAAUAUUAUUCUUCUAUUUUGUUAUAUUUAUUUAUUUGCUUUGUAUUAUACGCAUGCAUAUUAUCCACUAAUUUUUGUACUUUGUCGUCAUUAUUCUAUCGCAUUUUGUUUUCGCAGGACGUAAACUUUUUGGUUAGAAUAUUGUGAUAUAAAGUACUAAUCCUUCUAAAUAUAUUGGUUAUUUAA